GAAAAAAAUUUGGCUGGAUUUUCAAAUAAGUUUCAAACAUCUACAGUAAUAUCAAACAAACAAAACGAAUAAAGUGAAUAAAAAAAAACUUAAAGACUGAACUACUUCACACUGAUCACUUGAACUUGUUCGUUCAUGAACAAUCCAACUCUAAUAUGAAUUUGAAAUUGUACAUAUUCAUAUUUGCUUUAAAUUUAAAAACAUUUAUAUUGGCAUCUAUAAAGUUUACAAAUAUCAAGUGCGAUGAAUUUGAUUCAAAAUUUGCCACUUUCAAAGAAUGUCGUUUAAGAGUUCCGAAACGUGACACAGUGUCAUUAAACUUACAUGUGAAACUUUUUGAAUUACCGGUCAAUAAUGUAACGAUUAAUUUAGCCUUGUUAAAAAAGGCCAAUGGAUAUAAACCAUUUCUGUAUAAUACAACGACUGAUUUUUGUCAUUUUAUGAAGAACCAGAAACGACAUCUAUUUUUGAAAUUUUUUUUCGAUCUGCUGCUCAAAUCUUCGAAUAUUAAUCACACAUGUCCUUUUAAUCAUGAUGUAAUUGUCCGUAAUUUAGUAUUAGAAGAAUAUAUGUUUAAAAUUAUGCCACUGCCAUCGGGCGAAUAUAUGCUUCGGUUGAAAGUGGCUGCCUACAAAGAUUGGAAAGCAGACGUGAAAGCUUAUUUUAAUCGUUUUGGCGAUGGGAUUUAA